GUGAAAGCCAGAAGAAGAUAAGGUGGAGCUAAAGAUGGCUCCAAACUUGGGAGACUGGGUUGACUGGAUGGUGAUUCUGUCGACUAGGUCCAUCAUGUUACACAAAAUGGAGGACUGUAUAAAAAACCGUUUAAUGAAGCUUUUGAAGAAACACCAAUGCUGGUUGCUGUGCUUACUUAUGUGGGGUAUGGUGUACUCACCCUCUUUGGAUACCUUCGAGAUUUCUUGAGGUAUUGGAGAAUUGAAAAGUGUCACUAUGCAACAGAAAGAGAAGAACAAAAGGACUUUGUGCCAUUGUAUCAGGAUUUUGAAAACUUCUAUACAAGGAACCUCUACAUGAGGAUUAGAGACAACUGGAAUCGACCAAUCUGUAGUGUGCCUGGAGCCAGGAUGGACAUCAUGGAGAGACAAUCUCAUGAUUACAACUGGUCAUUCAGGUACACAGGGAAUACGAUUAAAGGUGUUAUAAACAUGGGUUCCUACAACUAUCUUGGAUUUGCACGAAAUACUGGAUCAUGUCAGGAGGCAGCUGCCAAAGUCCUAGAGGAGUAUGGAGUUGGCGUGUGCAGCACUCGGCAGGAAAUUGGUAACCUGGACAAGCAUGAAGAACUAGAAAAGCUUGUGGCAAGUUUCUUGGGAGUAGAAGCUGCUAUGGCAUAUGGCAUGGGAUUUGCAACAAAUUCAAUGAACAUGCCUGCUCUUGUUAGCAAAGGUUGCUUGAUUCUGAGUGAUGAACUGAACCAUGCAUCACUGGUUCUGGGAGCCCGACUUUCAGGAGCAACCAUUCGAGUCUUCAAACACAACAACAUGCAGAGCCUAGAGAAGCUAUUGAAAGAUGCCAUUGUCUGUGGUCAGCCUCGGACACGAAGGCCCUGGAAGAAGAUUCUAAUCCUUGUGGAGGGAAUAUAUAGCAUGGAGGGAUCCAUUGUUCGCCUUCCUGAGGUGAUUGCCCUUAAGAAGAAAUACAAGGCGUACCUGUAUCUUGAUGAAGCCCACAGCAUUGGGGCUCUGGGCCCUGCGGGACGAGGUGUGGUAGAUUACUUUGGCCUGGAUCCUGAGGAUGUGGACGUUAUGAUGGGAACAUUUACCAAGAGCUUUGGUGCUUCUGGAGGAUACAUUGGAGGGAAGAAGGAGCUGAUAGACUAUCUGCGAACACAUUCUCAUAGUGCAGUGUAUGCCACGUCACUGUCACCGCCUGUUGUGCAGCAGAUCAUCACCUCGAUGAAGUGCAUCAUGGGGAAGGAUGGCACCACCCUUGGCAAAGAGUGUGUACAGCAGUUAGCUGAAAAUACUAGGUAUUUCAGGAGACGCCUGAAAGAGAUGGGCUUCAUCAUCUAUGGAAAUGAAGAUUCUCCAGUGGUGCCUUUGAUGCUCUACAUGCCAGCCAAAAUCGGCGCCUUUGGACGGGAGAUGCUGAAGCGGAACAUCGGAGUAGUUGUGGUGGGAUUUCCUGCCACCCCAAUUAUUGAGUCCAGAGCCAGGUUUUGCCUGUCAGCAGCUCAUACCAAAGAAAUUCUCGAUACUGCUCUCAAGGAGAUAGAUGAAGUUGGGGACUUACUACAGCUGAAGUAUUCCCGUCACCGGUUGGUGCCGCUGCUGGACAGGCCCUUUGAUGAGACCACAUAUGAAGAAACAGAAGACUGAGCCUUUUUGGUGCUCCCUUACGGAAACUCUCCCUCACCCAGGACAGUGUGUGGCCUUUCUGAGCCAGUUCCAGGAACCACACUUCUGUGGCCGCCUCACGUGAAAGACAUUUUCUCAACUACUGACGGUGGCCACCUCCACUCCAAAUGGCAUUUUGUAAAUAGGAAAAACUGCUCCACGUCUUCCUUUGCUGCAUUUCACCUUUUAAAAAAGGUGAUUCACUUUGCUUUUUUGUCCAUUAAAAUAUGUUUUAUUUUA